GUUGUGCAAGUGCUUUGAAAUACAGACUUCUUUCUUGGCAAGAUAUUCUGAAUUUUUGCUUUAAAGACAGCUGGUAAUGUUUCGUUUUAUCAACUCUUCGUUCAUCAUAUGCAUAUAAGCAAUUCAAUUGUUCGUCCUGUUACGAAUUUGUGAAAUGCAGCGAAGUAAUACACAACAAAGAAUUGAAGCAUUAAUAAGAGAACGCAGAAGAAUUAAAACAUCAAUUGAUCAACUAAAGGAGAAACUGUCAAAAAGGCGUGUUAAUGUAACAUUCCCACAGAAAGAAACAUAUGAUUUUGAAUCAAGAGAUUCUCAAACUGUUUCAAAUAGAACUGAAAGUCCAUCACUUCUCAUGAAAAAGCUCGAGAUCUCUGAAUGGAUUAACAAAGUGUUUUACUCAAAUGAUGAAAUAAACCUCUUGGAUAAUGGCUCAAGCCAGUAUAUUGCUGUUGGUGAAACAGGAUUGGUUACUUUCCAAAUCCAGUUUGUUGUGGAAGGCAUGGAGAAUAAAGGAAUGAUUGUUCACUCAUUAAAAGUCACGUAUUAUGAUCCUUUCCAUGAAGCUGAACUGAAGACUUUCACUAACAGGUGUAUUAGGCAAAGCAGUUUACAGACAUUUGUUAGAGGCGUAGCAAGUUAUGCAGAAUUGUUUGCAAACAGGGAAGAAAUUACUGACUGGCUUAUUGAAGAAAAUGGACCUCAUUUUUCUGUUAACAAAAUUCAUGAAGAUGGAGCAUAUGAUAUUAAGGCUAAAGGAAGAACCAUUUCAUAUUUCAAUUGUGAAUGGAAAAUAAUUUGGAAUGAAGGAUCAUUGGCUAUGAUGCCAUCUUUCACUAUCCGAGCAAAUAAUAAAAAUAACUUCUACAAGGAGAAUGAGUAUCUCUUCAACAAAAUUGUCUCAUCUAGUAUUACACCAGAAGAGACAAAAGAGUUAUGGAAGGAACUUGCAAGGGCUGUAAUCCUAGAAAACGAGUUGGCAGUUGUGAAGGUACCCAGCUGCAAAUAAGUACAUUCACUUUAAAAAACUUCACAGUUGAACACAUUCUAGUUAACUGUUUAGUUACUAUUAGGAUAUUCUGGAUUUAUGUUAAAGUAGCUUAAAUAUGCAUCUUAACCUUCACUGUAAACAAACUUCUGCUACAAUUAAUGCUUCUUUAGAGUAUGAUAUGCAUUAAAGUGGAAGUCUGUCAGGUUUUGUUAACAUAACUAGAUUAUUAUGUAAGCCUUUUUUUUGUCAUUUCCAUAACUGUUUACCAGAUAACAAUGUGUUGUGUUUAGGUACAGAACUUGUUGAAAAAUGUCUUAUGCAUGAUGUGUUCUCGGGUUGGGGACAUCUUUAGAUUUUUUGGAUAGCUAGCAUGUACUGUAGCAGGCAUGGGAGAAAUUAAUCCGUAAAGUAAAGGUAAAGUUUUCCCUAGUACUUAACAAAGAUACGCUCAGUUCUUUGAAUAGUAUUAACUUUUUUAUUAUGAAAAACAAAUCUCCGCCUCAUUUCUUCCCAGAGUUCAAAAUUUCCAGGAAUUCUACACCUCUUCCCAUCUUUAGAUUCACAUCUGAAACUUGGGACUUUGUUUUGAAGUAUCUGCAAGUAAAAGAAGUCAAAAUCUAAACUGACGACAAGGUCAUCAAGAGUCAACAUAUAAAUACCUGUGAACAAAAAUAACAAGUGAUUUUCAGAUAAAAUACAGUUCCAGAUAUGCUUGUUUCUGUUCUCAAAAUAACUGAUCCAAUUUUCCUAAGACAAAAAUUAAAAAAAUGCCUAUUUUAUGUAGUUAAACAUCUCUUAUGCUGAGAAAAGAGCCAAGUUACAGUUACUUGAUAAUGAUGUUUGUUAUAAAUAAGUAAAUUAAAUGAGGGAAUGGAUGAAAUAACAUACACAAACUUGAUGACUUCUCGUGUCAGAUUGUUACGGUAGUAUACAUCUCUGAAAUUUUGACAAAGGUGAACACAUACCUUUCAAUAGCUGAAAAAUGAUAUUCAUACUAAACAUCACAUGUGUACCAAGGUCCCAAGUGACAAUUCAUACAUGGAACAAUCUGUGA